GAGACAGUUGAACACUAUAAAUAAGGUAUACCACUUCUCCAGACAUUGUCAGAGUGAAGUCGUACCCUACCCAGAAUGAAGCUCGCAUCACUGGCUUUAGCUGUUAUACUAACGUCAUGCUACAUGGACAUAGCUGAUGCGGGUUACCGACGGGUAUGCUACUAUACAAACUGGUCAAAACUACGCCCUGGGGUCGGUCAAUUCUUGCCUAGUGACAUCGAUGCUUCCUUGUGUACUCACAUCAUAUUCGCUUUUGCACAUAUCAAGUCUCACAAGCUACAUAAAUACUACAAAAAUGACACUGAACUAUACUCUGAGGUUACCAGUCUAAAACUACAAAAUCCUGACCUUAAGGUCCUUCUGGCUGUCGGCUGGGCCAAUUUCGGACGUAAAGCUUUCUCCAGAUUGGUUUCGGUAUCAUCGAGGAUACAAACAUUUGCCGAUUCCGCCGUGAGCUUUCUCCGCCAACACGAUUUUGAUGGCCUUGACCUAAACUGGGAAUACCCAGCAGUAGGCACCGGAUCACAUCCUGAUGAAAAAGAGAAAUUUGGAGAAUUAUGCAUGACACUGCGACAAGUUUUUGAAAAUGAAUCUGUUUCAACGGGGAAUGAUCGGCUUUUGUUGACAUCAGCAGUAUCGCCAUUGAAAAGCAUUAUAGAUGUCGCUUACAAUGCCUCAGUUCUCGCAGCAAAUCUAGACUUCGUGAGCAUCAUGACAUAUGACAUGCAUAAUAGUAAUACUGAAAACCAUACCGAUCACCAUAGUCUUCUGAUAGCCCGAUCUGGAGCUGUAGGGGAUGACAAGUACCUCAGCAUGACAUGGGCUGCCGACUACUGGCAAAAACUGGGCGUGGCAGGGCAUCAAAUUAACAUUGGUCUAGCUACAUACGGACGGGGCUUUACACUGACGAAUACUACCUUGUCCGGGAUAGAGGCGUACGCAGAUGGACCGAGUAACGCUGGCCCAUAUACUGAGGCAGAGGGGUUACUCGCAUACUAUGAGGUAUGUGACAUGAUGGCGACUGGAGGUCAAUCCUACAGGAAUUACGGCUCGCCAUACUUCGUUCACGCUGACCAGUGGAUUGGGUAUGAUGACGAAGAGAGUAUUCACUGGAAAAUCGUCUGGCUGGUCAAGGAAGACUUGGGUGGCGCCAUGAUAUUUUCCUUCGACCUCGAUGACUUCAGAGGGUCGUGUAAUUCGUCAAUGGGAACAUUUCCUCUAAUCAGAGCAGUGAAAGACAAACUACUCGCUGCUGAGAAUGGCACUCUUCCACUACCAACAAACUUUUACUGUGGAGGGAAGCCUAAUGGCUUGUAUGCGUAUGAAGGAAACUGUAUGGGAUUCGGUAUGUGUAAUGACGGAAAGGAGAAUUGGAUAGACUGUCCGAAUGAGCUUAUGUUCGAUAAAGAUAUGCUGACGUGUGUCUCAAAAGAUAUUGUUAACUGCUUGGUGUGAUCCAUAAUUAUGGCAUUUUAUAUUGACAACUGGCUUGAAUGUAUUGCCAAGUAAAAUAUAUCAAUUUCAUUUGAAUUUGAAUUAAAAAAAAAUUGUAUGAAAA